GCUGGGCAAGCUCGCGACAUGGCUGUGGAUGAAGCGGACAAAGGUCUAGAGGCCACCACGCUAGCAGUGAUGGCGAAAAUCUUCAUCAAGUUCAAAGGAGACCGCCGGGCGUGCAACAAAGAAGGGCACCGCCUCGCGACGAAGGCUUUAGAGCUCUUCAGAGAAACUGAAGAUGUGCGGGGUCAAGCAGCCGCGUCGCAGCACUCAGCCGUCGCCCAGUGCAAUCUCCAAGAGCAUCUGCCUGCGCUGCAGUCACUCCACGCAGCCGUGAGGUUUUGGAGGCAGAGCGAGGAUGCUCUAAAUGAAGCACACUGCCUGACGAUGCUGGCGGAGUGGCUUCUUGCUUGGAACCAGCCAACAAAAGCUGGGCCAGCUGCUGAUCAGGCCUUGGCUCUCUACAACAGUCGUGGCAUUGGUGGCCAACGUGCGACCAAAGCCCUUAACCUGGCUGUCCGAGCCCAGAUCAGCAACGGCGAGCCCUGGCGCGCGAUAUGGACCUCAGAAGAUGCCCUGGCACGCUCCCGCGAGAAGAAGGAUCAGCGCAGUGAGGACCGCCAUUAG